AUGAUUAAACAGCUGGGAAUACCAACAUGGUUCAUGACCUUAUCGUGUGCAGAUUUAAGAUGGCCUGAGCUAUUUCAGAUAAUUGCAAGAACAAAAGGCAACAAUAUAACAAGUGAAGAAGUAGAGGCUUUGUCGUAUCAUGAGCGAUGCUCAAUGUUAAAUUUAAAUCCAGUUAUUGUAGCUAAACAUUUCCAGUAUCGAGUCGAAACAUUUUUCAGGGAUGUUUUGCUCACAAAUGCAAACCCAAUUGGUAAGAUAGUAUAUUAUGCACUCCGUAUCGAAUUUCAAAUGAGAGGUUCACCACAUUUGCACGCCUUAAUAUGGACAUCCGAUUGCCCAGAAUUAAUGAACGAUACAAAAGAUGCAUACAUAGAUUACGUUGACCAACAUGUACAAGCAUACCUCCCAGACAAAGAAACAAAUCCUCACUUUACGACUUGGUAA